UGAGUUGAGAUCUCGCGGCAGUUGUGUUCCAUCCAUCGGACGGGGAGUCUGCUGUUGGUCGCUUCGCGAGCUUUUUACCACGUGUGCCGGUACCACGUGUUUUGUGGAAGCAUGUCGAGUUCACCACAGUGCGCAUGAAAAUGCUCUUUGAUUGAAUGCGACAAAAUGAUUUAUAGGGAUAGAGCAGUCCAAGCAGUUCGAAUAAGAUUGACAACAUUAGUAGCAGUUUUACUUUAUUCACUACAAUCGGCUGUGUUCGGAGAAGAUUCAUUUGCCUUGCCUCCAUCUUUUGCACUUGGUAGUAACUUAGAAGUGUCCGAAUACGAUCUGCUUGGAGCUGUGAAGAUUCCUUUUCAAGAUCCAAAAACUCAAUACAUCGACGAGGACGGCCAUGACGGAUUUCCAGCUCUUGGAUUUAAGUCUGGAUCAGACGUAAAGAUAGCACAUCGUCAGAUAUUGCCCGAAAAAUUGCCGGCAGAAUUUUCGAUUUUAAUUAGUGCCAAACCGCGAUCCAGAAAAGGUGGAUUUAUAUUCGCCGUAGUCAACCCGUAUGACACUGUUGUAGGAUUGGGAGUAAGAAUUGCUCCAGAGGGAACCAGUAAUACCGUCAUAUCUUUAUUUUACACGGACACCUCUCAUAUUGUUUCCCAGAUUAUCGCAAAUUUUACUGUUAAUAGAUUCAAUGGAAAAUGGACGAGAUUUGCAUUUCGGUUAUCUGUCGAGAAUGUCACGUUAUUUUUUAAUUGCAACGAAACUGAAACUGUUUAUGUCAAGCGGGAGCCAUUAGAAUUAAUUUUCGAUUCCGCAUCAACGCUUUACAUUGCACAAGCCGGUCCUGUCAUUGGGGAACCCUACGAGGGUGCCUUGGACGAAGUGAAGAUAUUCCGUGAUCCUAAUGUGGCAGCGGAACAAUGUAAAACAGAUUUUCAGGGUUUUCAAAGUGUCAAUCCAGAUUAUGAAAACGAAGUAGAUGAAGUUGAACGUAGCGACUAUGACGGAACAUUCAGAGAAGGAAGUGGUGCUGAAGACUUUGGAUUCAUACCUCCUCCACCUCCGCCACCAGACGGUAAGCCCUGCUCUUGUGAAUCCGAAAAUUGUUGCAAAUUUCUUAUCAAUGAUAAAGCUGGCUAUGGAAAUAAAGGAGAAAAAGGCGAAAGAGGAUCAAGGGGCCCACCAGGUGAAUCUAUCAGAGGACCUCCUGGCCCACCCGGACCACCAGGAAUACCUGGACCUGCAGCACCUGAGGGGGUCUGCACUUGUAAUUUCACCAGUUUAUUAAGUUCAUUAUCAUCAUCAAAUCUUCUUCCGGGUUCAGUAGGACUCGAAAGUAAACCAGGCCCUCCUGGAAUCGAAGGACCUGCAGGUCCUCCUGGCGAAAAAGGAAUACCUGGUACACCGGGCGAAAAAGGUGAAAGAGGCGAACGAGGUCCUCCAGGUACAGCUGGAUUACAAGGGCCGAAAGGUGAUUUUGGAAAAGAUGGUCUUCCUGGCAAACCCGGUCCUCCUGGACCUCCCGGACCACCAGGUCCUGUCGAAUUCGAAAAUGUUGAUCAGCCAAGUUGGAAACCUAGAGGCCCUUUUAAGGAGACGGUACUUGGAGGUCCACUCGUACGUCCAGGCGUUCCAGGAACGAAAGGCGAGCCUGGAAAACCAGGUCCUUCGGGUCCUCGGGGUGAAAAAGGUUUACCAGGAAUCAAAGGGGUUCGAGGAGAGGUGGGUUUAAAAGGGGAAAGAGGAGAUCGUGGUCUUCCGGGCGAAAAAGGUUCUCCAGGUUCCAAAGGUGAACCAGGCUCCACCGGAUUAGAUGGAAUACCUGGUACAACUGGACAGCAUGGGAAACAUGGUGAUAAAGGAGAGAAGGGUGCUCCAGGGCCUCAAGGUCCACCUGGACCUCCUGGUAUUGCUUAUGGAGCUGAUAUGACCGGCGUAAUAUCCGGUGCUCCUGGGCCAAAAGGCGACCAAGGCGAAAAAGGAACUAAAGGAGAUCAUGGUGAAGAUGGAGAAGCUGGAAUACCUGGUGUGCCUGGACUGAAUGGGCCAACUGGAGUAUCUGGUGAAAAGGGGGAACCAGGUGAAGUUGGCCCUAUUGGGCCGGUCGGGCCUCCGGGUUCUAAAGGAGAAAAAGGAGAAAGAGGGCCACCAGGAAGCAUAGUUACACCUAAUGGGAGUGAAAACGUACUAGUAGUAAAAGGAGAUAAAGGGGAUCUCGGACGACGUGGAAGACGUGGGAAACCGGGUCCCCCGGGACCAGCUGGACCUCCUGGCAAACCCGGUACUGUAGGAGAAAUAGGUCUACCCGGUUGGAUGGGUCGACCGGGUUCUGCUGGAUUACCAGGAAUUCCGGGACCAAAGGGUGAAAAAGGAGAUGCCGGUAAUUACGGAGGGCCUAAAGGUGACAAGGGUGACAAAGGUCACGAUGGCAUUCCUGGAAGACACGGUCGAGAUGGCACUCCGGGACCACCUGGCUUGCCCGGAGCAACAUCUGACGAAGCAAUCCGAUAUAUUCCCGUUCCGGGACCACCUGGUCCUCCUGGUCCCCCUGGACCCCCUGGACCCCCAGGAAUUCCUGGAGUGUCAGUAACAGGACCGAAAGGUGAACCUGGUGGUCCUCCAUAUGGAGAACCAACAUAUAAUUUACGUCCAGGAAUGAGAAGUAGCUUGGAAGAACUUAAAGCCCUAAGAGAACUAAAGGAUUUAAAAACAGGCAGAUCUACAGCAAGUCCACCUAUAUUCACGGCUCCUGAACAUGAAGUUACGGCUCGCAUUGUGCCCGGAGCUGUAACUUUCCAGGACCACGACGCCAUGAUAAAGAUGUCGUCGGUCAGUCCCGUGGGAACUUUGGCCUAUGUUAUUGUAGAAGAAGCUCUUCUUGUGCGAGUUAACAAUGGUUGGCAGUACAUUGUGUUGGGAUCGGUUUCACACGUAACAACCCCCGCUCCAGCUACUGCAAGUAGCCCACAAAUUAGGCCACCCUUCGAAGCCAGUAAUCUCAUUAAUCACAUAUCCAAACCAGCGGAUGUUUCUAAUUGGUAUCCGAAAAUGCUACGUAUGGCCGCAUUAAACGAAGCAUACACCGGAGACGUUCACGGAGUACGUGGAGCAGAUUAUUCAUGUUAUCGAGAAGCUCGACGUUCGGGUUUGCGUGGAACCUUUAGAGCUUUUCUGUCCUCGCGCGUUCAAAACGUCGAUUCCAUUGUUAGACUGGCAGAUCGCAAGCUGCCUGUAUCUAAUCUCAGAGGUGAAGUACUUUUCAACUCCUGGUCUGAAAUGUUCAAAGGAGACGGAUCUCCUUUCCCGCAUCCGCCACGCAUUUACUCUUUUAAUGGGAAGAAUGUAUUAACUGAUCUUUCUUGGCCUCACAAAGCGGUAUGGCAUGGAGCUCUGGUGAAUGGUGAAAGGGCUUUGGAUACAUCAUGUGAUGCUUGGCACUCGGCGUCACGCGACAAAGUGGGUCUGGCUGGUUCACUCAAAGGUUCAAAACUGCUGGAACAGAGCCACUAUAGCUGUGACAAGAAACUCAUCCUUCUGUGCAUUGAAGCAACUAGCGAACUGUUUGUCCAAAGAAAACGAAGAGAUGUAGAUAACAGUAACGACGAGAUAUUGAACGAGGACGAUUAUCACACUCUACUAAACCUCAUCUACUGAAAAAUUUUGUGAUUGGUCUACGACCGUCCCAUCCAUUGGCAAACAUCGAUAAUUCCGUGUCAUGUCAGACAGUUUAAUAAUUAAGAAUACUUAAGCAUUGUAUAUGAUAAGGAAUACUUGCGUAACCAUAAGUAGUUGUAUUUUGUUACUUUGAAAUGUAGCUUUUUUAUUUCAUCUAAUUGUGUAGAAUUUAUACAUUUACUCUUGAAAACGAAAGUAGAAUUUAACAGGAAACUUUGUUCCUUUUAAAUCCUAGUAGAAAUUUCUUAAUAUUACAAUUUUUCUGCGACCGCUGAAUUUAGCUUUCUUCUAAAUGUAUAGAUGAUUUCUUCUAACAUAUCAUGUUCUUAAUUUAUAAACAUUAGGUGUUAUGUUUUAAUGGACUGAUUGUAAAUAAUGUGAGUUGCAAAUGUUUUUGGUGUAAAUGUUACUAAAUAGUAUUGGAUGCCAUGUAUUUGUAAUAAAUUAUUUA